AUGGAUGCACGGCAGCUGUGCGCCGCCGACUCCGAGCUGGAGCUGGCGCGGGCGCGGUGCGUCGCGCUGCAGGACCACCUCGCCUCUUCGCCGGACCUGCCACGCCAUCCCGCGCUCCGCUCCCUACUCCGCCUCGUCGACGCCGAGCUGCGCUUCCUCUCCUCGCUCCACCCCGCCCCGGCCACGCCGCUCUCCUCCAACCUGCCCCACCUCGCGGCGCUCCACCUCGUCCUCACCCACCCGGCCGUGCGGAGCCCGUCCCGGCUCUCGCCGCUCCCGGGGGUCGACUUCGCCUGCGCCUUCCGUGGCCGGCCCGCGUGGGUGCUUGUCUCCGCGAGCAACCCCGCCAGGCUCGCCUGGGCCCCGCCCGGGGGUCACCGCUCCCGCUUCGCUGCGGCGCUGGACGCCGCGCGCGGUGCCCCGCCCGCUACGCGGCCCGAGAAGCUGCUCCUCGUCUUCUCCCGUGGUGUCGGCGUGGAUUUCGCGCGGGGGCUCGCCGAGGGGUUCGAGGCCGUGGAGACUGACUUGCUCGAGGAGUUCAUUGGCGACUCCGAGGAGGAAGAUGGGGACGGGUGGGUCGCCGUCAGCUUCAACCCGAGUGAGGAGCUCAGGAAUUUCAGGGCGUUUGUGAUUGAUGUCGUGGAGGGUGCUGGCGAGGUUUUGCUGCCACCAGACGCCGCGGUGGCUGAGGGAACUGCUGAUGAUGAGCCUUUGGGUUUUGAGGGAGCGUUUGGUGCCUUUAUGAGGAAGAUGUGGAGGGAAUCGAGGGAGCUGGUGAAUUUGGACACCACGGCGCUGGUUGCUAUAGUGUCAGGGAUCAGCGAUGGUGGGGUAGGGAAGCUGAUGGCUACACCUGAGGCGGAGACCAGAGCAAGGUUCAAGUGCAACUACAAGUUCGUCAUGGAUCAGGCACAAUCCGAACUGCAAUUUCCAAUACUCAUAGAGUUGGGGAAAGCAGUGGAGGGGAAGCAAUGUAUCAUAUGUGAAACUGUCAACUUGGAGUUCAAAGAAAUUGUUUCGAUGUGUGGUGGAGCCGAGGAGAACAUCAGAGCAAGACAUUUGUUGAAACAACUCAUCAUUGUCCCAGACAGUCCUUCAGCUCGAAUGAUGGAUCUUCCAACCACAAGGAAGCUCGCGAUGAAGAACAAAAUUGUUUUUGGCACAGGUGACCAUUGGCGAGCUCCUACUUUGACUGCUAACAUGGGGUUUGUAAGAGCUGUUUCACAGUCUGGUAUGCCCUUGCUAACCAUCGAGCACCAACCUCGGGCAUUGAUUGGUCUGUGA